AUGUCGACCAAUAACACCACCACCGCUGCUCCUGCUGCCUCAGACAUUAAUCAAGCCGUCACAUUGCUCCCUACGGAGGUGCGGUGCUCGUACCCUAGCAAACUCUGCAAUAACCACCGUGCCGUUAAGGACAACGGCGACUUGCACAAGCUGUGCGAUUUCCAUCGCAAAAAAGCUAACGUAAACCAACAACGAAUGCAACAGAAGCGUCGCCUUAUUCGUCAGCAAAUGAUGGAGCGCAAGAAACGCUUUAUGGAUGCAGCUCAGGCGCCAAUGGAAUACAAUGCUGCUACGGACACAAUGGAACCUAAGGAACCAAUCUGUAACCUAUCACACGAAGAGGUGAUGAUGCUUGAGGCCAUGCUCUUCGACGACGAGGAUGGUGAGGGCUAUGGAAGCUCUGGCGACGACUCGGCAUACCCAGCGGGCUAUCCAAUGAGCACAUAUCCUGCACCAGGCAUGCCGUCUGGCAACAUGUCCCUAUAG